AAAUGCCAACGGCGGAUCCACCGACAAUAUAUUUUCAGAAUGACAUUUGAUUCGGAAUUUUAUUCCAACUUUUCCUAGUUUUUAUUUCUGCAACUUGCAAUUGAAUUUAAUAAGAACGAGUCCAGAAUGGCACCUACAAUCAUCGGUAGCAAUCCCGCAGAAAAGCGUCCACAACGCGCUGCAACCACAGAAAGAAAAUCCGAGCUCAUAACAAAAGUGAAGUAUUGCAACACACUGCCCGACAUACCAUUCGAUCUAAAAUUCAUCACGUAUCCAUUCGAUCAUGAACGCUUCAUACAAUACAAUCCGACGUCGCUUGAACGCAAUUUUCGCUACGAAGUUCUCACCGAACAUGAUCUCGGCGUGACAAUCGACCUUAUCAAUCGUGAUUUGUAUCACUCCGAUUCUUUCGACCAACUUGAUCCGGCUGACGAAAAACUCCUUGAAGAAGAUGCGCACACACCACAGGAUUCAAUGCGGUCGAAACACCAUGCGAAAAGUGUGUCAUGGUUACGGAAGUCUGAGUACAUUUCUACCGAACAGACUCGAUUCCAGCCGCAGACUAUGGAAAAGGUGGAGGCGAAAGUCGGUUUCAAUGUAAAGAAAUCGUUUGCCGAGGAAACCUUGUACAUGGAUCGUGAAACCCAGGUCAAGGCUAUUGAAAAGACAUUCGAUGAGAGCAAAAAAGAAAUCAAACAGCAUUACAGCAAACCGAAUGUUACAGCCGUGGAAGUUCUGCCAUUCUUCCCAGAUUUUGUCAACUGGAAACAUCCUUGCGCUCAAGUUAUAUUUGACAGUGAUCCAGCUCAAGCCGGCAAAAAUGUUCCCGCCCAAAUUGAAGAAAUGUCUCAAGCUAUGAUUCGUGGUGUGAUGGAUGAGAGUGGCGAACAGUUUGUUGCCUACUUCUUACCUACGGAUGAAACAUUGGAGAAACGCCGUAAGGACUUUGUUAACGAAGUUUUGUAUGACGAUGAUGAAGAGUACGAAUACAACAUGGCAAGAGAGUACAAUUGGAAUGUGAAAAGCAAAGCGUCAAAGGGCUACGAAGAAAAUUAUUUCUUGGUUAUGCGUCCAGAUGGAGUAUAUUACAAUGAAUUGGAGACCCGUGUACGACUCAAUAAGCGGCGUCAGAAAAUCGGCCAGCCACAGACGAAUACAAAGCUUAUUGUGCGUCACAUACCGUUGAAUGCAGCCGAACAUCGAAUGCAACGAUACAGAGAAAAACAAUUAGAACCGGCCGGCGAAGACGACGAAGAAGAGGUCGAAGAAAGUAGUGAAGAAGAAACGGUCGAAAAUGUACCCGAGACUAAAGCUGACGAAAGUGAAAAGCAGCCAGAUGAAGUUGAGGCCAAUAAACGGUCAUCUCAUUCACGAAGUCGAAGUCGCAGUCGUUCGAAGUCACAUUCCCGAUCUAGAAGUCGUAGUCAUUCAGUUCAAGGUGAUCGAAAUCGCAGCAAAUCAAAGUCACCAGCAGGUAGCUCCGCUUCGUCGAAACGAUCAUCUAGAUCGGGUAGUCGGGCAUCGCGUAGUUCUCGGUCUCGUUCACGCAGUGGAACUCCCGCAUCAAAUGCUAGCGGAUCGAGUCGCAGAAGUCGUUCAGGCUCUCGGUCGCGUAGUGGUAGUGCAACAUCGAAUCGUUCUGGUGGAUCGGCACGAAGUCGAUCGCGUUCAAACUCGGGUAGUCGAGGCAGUCGUUCACGGUCUGCUUCACAUUCGUCAAGAUCAAGAUCGCGAUCUCGAAGUGGCUCACGUUCUUCUGCACGAAGUCGCAGUGGUAGUGCCUCUGGAUCCGGUAGUGGAUCGGAUUAAAUGUUCAAUUUUUUUCUUUUUAAAAUAAAAUGCAAUUCUGCCAUGAAUUUAUUAAGGACAAAGUCA